AUGCCCGCCGACGCGCAGUUUGCCGUCGGCUCGGUGGUCUUUGUGCCCGACGAGCAGCAGGCGUACCUCCCCAAGCGAGUCGCAUCAUGCACGGGCCUCGGCGCCCGCACCAAGCUCACCGUCGGGCCGCUCUCGGGAAGCGGCGGCGCUGCUGUGCCGGCAAAGGACGUCGCCGACGUCGUCGAUGCGGACCCGCUCGCGCUGGAGGGGGCGCAGGACAUGGUCAAGUUCUCCAAUCUCACCGAGGCGGCGCUGCUCCACAACCUCCGCACGCGCUACAGCCGCGACCAGAUAUACUCGGCCGCGGGCGCGAUCCUGCUCUCCGUCAACCCGUUCAAGCAGAUCCCGGGCAUCUACACGGACGAGGUGACCCGGCGCUGCCAGGAGGCCGACGCCAAGGCGCUCCCGGACCUGCCUCCGCACGUGUACGGGCUGAGCGAGAAUGCGUACCGCGGCAUGCUCGGUGAGCAAAAGCAGCAGGCGAUCCUCAUCUCGGGCGAGUCCGGCGCGGGCAAGACGGAGGCGGCGAAGGCAUGCGUCAAGUACAUCUGCGCGCGCUCGACCGGGGGCGGCGGCGUCGGCGGGGGCGCGAAGCUGCUCCGCCAGGGCUCGCACGAGGAGUUUGCCAACCCGAUCCUCGAGGCCUUCGGCAACGCGAAGACGCUGCGCAACAACAACUCGUCCCGCUUUGGAAAGUGGACCGAAAUCCACUUUGACGCGGGCGGGCAGAUUCGCAGCGCGCGCUCGACGUCGUACCUGCUCGAGCGGUCUCGCGUGGUGGAACACGCCCGCGGGGAGCGGACGUUCCACAUCUUUUACCAGCUCUGCGCCGGCGCGACCAAGCAGCAGCGCGACGCGCUCAAGCUGCCGCCCGCAGGAGAGCUGCGCUACCUCGGCCAGUCCGCUUCGCUCUCCGUGCCGGGCAUCGACGACGCCGCCGACUGGCGCGCCGUCUGCGCCGCCUUCUCCACCUUCCAGCUCACCGACGCCGAGCAGACGAGCUUGCGCCGCGCGUGGCGGCCGGCUGUAGGCAUCCUCACCCUCGGCAACCUCGCCUUCGACGCCAAGGAGAUGGCCAACGCCGACGACGGGUCGUGCGUGUCGCCGGCGUCGCAAGCGUCGCUCAAGGCGGCGGCGGCGGCCCUCGACAUCUCACCGCUCGAGCUCGAGACGGCGCUCACCAUCAAGAAUGUGGGCAAGUUCCCGGUGGUUGCGGUGCCGCAGCCGCCCGAGAAGGCGGCGGUCGCGCGCGACGCGCUCGCAAAGGCGCUGUACGGCUCGCUGUUCGACUGGAUCUUCGGGCGCAUCAACGAGAAGAUGGGUGCGGGCGCGGGCGCCGCGCUGGGCGGCGGGAACAAGCGCACCAUCGGGCUGCUAGACAUUUUCGGGUUCGAGGCCUUUUCGCGCAACUCGCUCGAGCAGCUGCUGAUCAACUUUGCGAACGAGAAGCUGAUGCAGUACUUCAACAUCUACAUCUUCCAGAUGGAGGAGAAGGAGUGCCGCGACGAGGGCGUCGCGUGCCCGCAGCUGCAGUUCGCCGACAACUCGGCCGUCAUGGUGCUGCUCGAGGCCAAGCCGACGGGGCUGAUGGCGCUGAUCCACGACGAGGUGCUCGUGCCAAACGCCUCCGACGCCAACCUGCUCACCAAGAUGAACGAGGCGCACCGCGGCGCGUCCAUGUACCGGCAGAUGCCGCGCGCCCAGGGCGAGGGCUUUGUCGUGCUGCACUUUGCGGGCGAGGUGGCGUACGCCAUCGACGACUUUGUCGCAAAGUCGCGCGGCGCGGUCCCCUCGGAGCUGUCGCAGCUGCUGGGCACCUCGCAGCUGCCGCUCCGGACGAUGUCCUUCGCGCGGCACCGCGGCGGCGGCGGCGCGCGCGCGCGCCUCGGCGGCGGCGGGCGCAAGGUCGUGUCGGUCGGCCGGCAGUUUCAGGAGUCGCUCGACUCGCUGAUGGGGAUGCUGCACACGUGCUCGCCGCACUUUGUGCGCUGCAUCAAGCCCAACCACCACCUCGCGCCGGACGAUUUUGACGGCGCGUACGUGAUGCGGCAGCUGCAGCAGAUGGGGAUGGUUCACGUGGUCAAGGCGCGCAAGCAGGGCUUCGCGCACCGGUACGACUUUGACACCUUCAUCGCGCGGUACGGCUACCUGCGCGAGGGGGUCGAGUGCGACGCG